AUGCUAGACAAUGCAGAGAUCUUUGUGGGAACGGAGCCCAUUCCAGACGGCCGAGCUGUGUUUGUUGAUGGCAGUUCAUUCAUGAGAGAUGGUGAGAGAUUGACUGGAUGGGCUGCUGUGGGGGAUGGAAAAGUUUUGCGGGCGGGAAAGCUCUACAAAGGGGGAGCCCAGGUGGCAGAACUCGUUGCUGUAACAAAUGCCUUGCAACUCGCUUUACAUUCUAAUGUGCCUGUCAAUAUCUUCACAGACAGCGCUUACGCAUACCAUUCCACUCACACUUGGGGUCCUGUAUGGAAAAGCCGUAACUUCACAACUGCGGCUGGAGCCCCCAUUGCUCAUAAAGCUGAGAUUAUCACACUCUCUGAAACACUGACCCACUUAACACCUUCUAAGUGUUCUGUCAUUAAAAUCACAGGACACAGUGAACAAACAAAGGACGCCCUGGCUCAAGAAUCAAAACAGCUGACGGUCACCUGGAGGUUCUUCCUCCGGACCUCACACUUCGAAAGACAAAACUGA